CGUGACCAAGGUCGCGAGCACACGUUUACAUAAAUCUCCGAACAUGAGUUUUGUAAAAAGCUCAUCUAUGUCCGUGUCUAGCUGUCCAUACUGAAUAUCCAUGAGGUACCAGCACACUCUUUUACUUCUGAUCCAGAUCUCUGCCGCAGUCGCAGUUGCACUGCCAGAGAUCCCAGUGGCGGAUUACGCGCUAGGCGUGCAUUCCGGAAGAGACCUACUCAGUAUACUCGCGGGAACUGCUGGCACAGACUCGCCUCCUGUCACAUCGGACAUGUUCCCUCUUAGCUCACCUUCAUCUCCUAUCCAUCCUGGUUUGAAAGAUCUGGGUGGCUUGCUCACAGAUCCGGUCCUCCCGACGGCAUCCUCAGUGGGAAAGGUCGAUACGAUCACUCCCACAAGCCUCGGUGUUACGUCGUCCGCAAGCUCUCCAAAGCCUUCUCCGGAACAAAUAGCACCUACGUCAACCACACGCUUGGCGGGUUACCCAACAGCCCCAUCGAGCGCCAUGACCGAAGACACGUCCGCUGACAAUAAGACCUGGAAAAUCAUUGGGAUCGCCUUCAUCGCAAUUUUGAUCAUAGCAAUAGCGAUCACAUCCAGCAUGUUCUUCGAUCGCUGGUGGAAGAUUGCACAAGAAAUCUUAUGCUGCAAGGGCCGAAGAAAUGGCGUUGAACAGUUCGUCCCUGACUGGGAGAAGCAGACCUGGGAAGUCAACCCGGGACCAGAAGAAUGUGGUUAUAAACAGCGAGCAUCGUUUGUGUCUGUUCGUUCUGAUACGGGAACAGAUCAUAUCAAGGAGGGAGAGAUGAGAAACUCCGCGGACCACGCUAUCCCUACCCUGCCACCUCAAUCACUCAUCAAAGACAUCUCUCCAUCAGACGCUCGAGAGCUUCCUUGGGAUUCCGACAAUCUCCAUCAGUGCGCUCUGCACCGCCAGCUCUCCGCGCGUAGCGGCCGCCACGGAGACGCGUAGAGUGUGGUAUUUUCCCGUAGCUCCUUCAUGCCACACCUACCCUGCCCCAUAUUCCGGUUCAUUCUUUACCCACAACCAUGCCGAAUUCGCAUUACGAUCGACGACUACCACAUUCACUAUCCACCCAAUCGCUUUGUAUUACUGCUCAUGUUGUACCUGCCGCGUCUCGGGACGACGGGGGCGUGCAGUAGGUGGGCGCGGUGCUUGGCAGCGUCACUGGAUACUUCUCUUCCAAGUGGUCAGACACAAGCAUGCCUACUGCGCCCACCGUGCAUACAGCCAUGGAGACGUAUAGUCGUGUUCGGGCUGGGAGAGCUUGAGAAAGUUGUCUGAGCAGAUCCAGAUCUGAGAAAAUUAGUGUACACACCUUUGUAUGAUUGCCACAAUGAUCUAGCAACCACUGGCUCCGCAGAUUUCUUGGAAGGCAUGUGAGUUCGGCUGGAGAGACAGA